GUGAAAUAUGGAAGGUUUGGUAACACAAGAAUCCAUUCAUCUCUAUAAAGCAUACCUGAAUUAGUCAGAGAGGGGACAGAGAGAGAGGGAGGAGGACGGCAAAAGCAGGGCACGUUCGCUAGCUAACUGGACAGAGGCUUUAACGUUAAGCGACGAUUAGAUUUUCCCCCACAGAAAAAAAACCCGUUUUUCAUAUACAGAUUACAACGGAAUAGAACAAAUAAUCCAAAUGUUUUAUAGGUGAAACAUUUGCUAACAUGGCUAGCUAUGUUAAAUAGUCUAGCUAGCUAAUCUCAUACAGCAAGCUAGGUUGCUGGCUGCUAGCCCAUCAAUCGAUAACGCGGAAUUACAGCUAGCUAACGUUAGUUAUCUAGCACACAGGCAGGCAAGCAAGCAUGCAAGCGGCAUAGGCAAUUGGCUGGCAGCAAACACACGUAGUCUAGCAGUCAACUGAAAGGUGACCGCUUACCAUGCAAAUUAAACCUAAGGCCAAGCAUUAGAAAGCAUUUGCGAGCUUAGUAAAAGACUGAAUUCUGACGACGAGAGACCGGUGUGCACGUAAGAAAGCGCAGAGAGGAAACACACAUUUUGUUGCCUCAUGCGCCUCCUAGGUUUUCUUCGUUUUGUCUAGCCAGCUAUUGAAAAUACAAAACAAAAACCAUGUGGACCACCUUAGCGGAUACCGCCCGGACCCUGCAAAUCGCCUUCCCUGGGGUACGAGUUUCUUCGGGCCGCUGACCGGACGCCACGGAACCCCGACGUUGAACAAAACAGUAGUUGGCUUUAAUAAGGAUUCAUUAUCAGGUUAAUAGUGGAGAGGGAGGGCCUGUGAAGUAAGCAUAUUCAGGAAAGAAAGCAGAAAAUAUUAUGGCUUUCUUAAUCCAUUAUAAAAGCAUUAAUGACCUCCCCCAAACAAAUUAAUUUUAGAGAGAUCACAUUUUAUCUAAUUUAUCACAUUUCCCGAGUUUCUAAGACAAAAUGGAAAAUGUAAUUUUCCCAUUCAUUAGUACGCAUUUAUAUCAAUUAGGCCUAUAUGUUAUGUUUUUUAUUACCAUAUAAUGCUCUCAUCCCUAAAUAAACUCUACUUGAUAAGGAUCCAAUUUGUGAACAUAAAAGGAUAAAACGAUAAGAUGGUUUCUUUAACCUCUUGGAAACAUGUUUGUAACUGUUGUUUUUUUUAAAAUAGAGUGCAGUUUAGUUGAGUUUAGGAUUUUUGAAGACAUAGUGCCACUGUUUUCAGAGGGAACAGCACGACCUAGUCUGGCACCGGUGGACUGUUGCGGAUCUUCCCUAUCAAGAGCAAAUCCGUGGGACCAUGUUGAGUAUUUUAGCCGCGGGAUCCAUCUUUUUCCCAGGACUAUUCCUGCUGUCGAAGCGUUGUCUUAAACACAUCCCAGGACUAAGAUGGAAUGAAGGGGAUGCUGUUAUUGUUUCUGCCAGAUUGGUCUCUUCCAUUCAGGCAGUCAUGGCUUCUUCAGCAGGUUACAUCAUUGCAACUUCCUGUGAUGACAUCAUCGAGGACCAACACUGGCUAACAAGCACCUACAUCCUAUUCGCAGUGCCCUACUUCGUCUAUGACAUCUAUGCCAUGUUUAUGUGCUAUUGGCACAAACUGCAGGUCAAAGGUCAUGAAGAUGACCAUGGCCCCAAGCCUAUUGGUGCAGCCCUGAUCAGCUAUCUACGAAGAGAAUUCCUCAUGGUCCUACAUCAUGUUGUCAUGGUCACUGUCUGCUUCCCUGUCUCUGUGUUCUGGCGCCAGGGAAAGGGAGAUUAUUUUCAGGGUGUCAUGUUCCUGGCUGAACUCAGCACACCAUCUGUUUGUUUGGGAAAAAUUCUUAUUCAGUACAAGCAGCAGCACACUCUCCUGCAUAAAGUGAAUGGAGGUCUUAUGCUGGUCACUUUUUUCAUCUGUCGAGUUCUUCUCUUCCCCUACCUCUACUACGCCUAUGGCAGGUACGCCUCAAUCCCAUUUUACAUGGUCCCUUUCUCAGUGCCCUGGCAGUGUAACCUAGGAGCCGCUCUUCUGAUGGCCCCCCAAGUCUACUGGUUCUCCCUGAUCUGCCGGGGGGCCUUUCGCCUCUUCACCGGCUCUUCUCGGUCACGCCGCCACCCCCCUACGGCCAAGGCCGAUUGGGAUGGUAAUGCCCUGCCCCCUCCAGCCAACGGCUACAGCACCCGGGAGGCGGAGCAGGAGGCAGACACACACUGAGACCGGGGGAGGCAGGGGGUGAAAGGAGAGAGAUGGGCAGGAAGGGAGGUGUGGAAGUGGGAUAAAGCAAAGGACUGUGGGGGCUGGAGAGGAGGGACGAAUGGGGUGAAUGGGUUGUACUGUAUUUUGGGUUUUGGAACUGCAGCUUGUAUCCAUACAGGUGAAGCAAAGCUGGUCAUAGCACUAAUAGAAGUAAGGAGAAGAAAUGAAUGGUAGAGAAGUAGAAGCAGAAAAUGUUUUCUCUCACUCUUCUUUCUUCUUAGCAAUCACUGUUAGACUAGAUUCAGAGAGGUGGUAAAGCACUACUGAUGAUAUAGUGAUGCUCAUCAUGCAACUGAAAGUAAGAAAAUUUGGGUUAGCAGAACAAAAUGGCCUAAUUGUUAAAUGCUAUGCUGAGCCUGCCAACUGGGAGGUUUAUGGUAGUCAGUUGCAGGGUCUAAUGGGGUGAUAAAGUACAAGAGUGCUUACAUUGAGGAAAAUGAUUGAAAGGCAAGUGAGUCGAUGAGUAUGAUAGAUGGUCUAAGGAACACUAGAAUAGCCAACAGAUUGUAUUCUUUUAAAAGAUAAAAUCCUGUUAGGGGAUGUAAGGGGUUUCAGGAUUUAGGAAUGUAUUAUAUUGUAUAUGAUAGUAAAUUAUUGUAGAUGACCAAUUCAGCUUAAUUAACAAAGAAGAAAACAAACAGUAUUUCAUCAUUUUAGUGUUUAUUUCCGAUGUAAUCACCAUCAUUCAUAAUGUCAGUCGCUGUCAAGAUUAUUGUUCUCUGCAGGAAAAAGAUAAUCUCAAAUGAUUCCAUAUUAUGCUGCCUUAUCCCUCCUUAUAUUUUCCUCACCCUUUCUUUCUCUGUUUUAGUCUGGCUGUUACAUUGUUUCAUUUGCAGAAGGGGGCUGAAGUGUACUAUUCUGGGCAUGUGACAAGUGUACAUAGCAUUUGUUAGGGCGGGCGUACAUUAUACGAUUUUCUCACGGGUUACGAUAUCAGGAGAUCGGAUGCCCUCUCGCACUUAACGAGGUUCAGAUUGUGGCAACAGGUCGGAUGAUAGCCAUAGACUAUACAAGCUCCCGACCAGAUCAGAUGACGUUACAGUCGGCAAAGCACGGCGGGCGGAACAUCAUACACGGUGCCACCUCCUGAUUGGUCGACGGGAAUUAAAACUCAGAAUCGGCUCACAUGACCUCUCACACCUGACGAAUUCAAGCCGAUUGUGCCUGAAUUUUUUGUGACAUGUCAAAAAACAAUAAGGAGCCCGUAGGCCAGUUGACAUAAUGUUUUUCUUACGAUUUGGUCCCGAUCAGGGAAAAAAACCGAUCAGGAGACCGCAACUCGUAUAAUGUAUGCCCACUUUUAUUGUACAGUUAUUGUUUGUGUCCCUUGCUUUUAUUCGUUUUAUUAAUGUAAAAGCUUUAUGUGAUGUUUGAUCGAUACUCAUUAUUUAUUUAUUUUUUAUUUUUUUAUGGAUUCAAAGGAUUUUAGUACGGGUAGUCAUUUACGUACACAAGGCUUAUCCAUGCCCCUGCUCCCAGUUACUUUAAUACACGGUAGGGACAAAGAGGGAAGGGAACCCAUUCAGUGGGAGGAAUAAGGCAAAAUGAUGAACAGUUUCAACUGGACUCUAGCUUAGAGGCCAUGGAUUAUUUGCAGCUUUUCCACAGAAAAACUGUACUAAAUUAUGGGGUUAUAAUGGGCUCCCUCAGGAAAAGCUAUAACUAAUCUGGGGCAAAGACAAUGAUUAAACUUCUGAUACAGUGGAUGUCAUUGUAACAUAAUGCAAUGUUAUGUAGCAAAUGAGAUUAAAUGAGUUGCUGCAGUAAAUACAGUUCACAAGCUAUGUUUAGUGGACUGCAGUGUGCUGAAAAAGAUCAGAAACUGUACUCGAUGACUGUAAUGUCCAAAAGCUUUGUUCCAGCUUGGUACAUACAAACCACCUGAUUCAACUGAGCAUUCGUAAUUAAAACAAAAACUACAUUUCCCAAAGUCAGGUAUUGUUUGAAGAGCUAUAAAAUUAUGUUGUAUUCCACUUACCCAAUAACUGGAUAAUCGAAACAUUACUUUGUAUUUACCGGUACAUAAAUCAUGCAACACUUGGAGCAUUGAAAAGUCACAGAACUACUCACAAUUUGACUUACACUGCGAGUCAAAAUAGUGUUUUCUUACAUUUAAACAAAAUGUUGUUUGAAUACUAAAACUGUGCUGUGCAAGCUGCCCAGUAUGUGGAUUUUUUCAUUAUCUUGAUGAUGGAGCCAAAGCUAUUGAUUGAUUUGUUCUGCCCUCAAGACAUAAUGCACAUCUGAAUCAUUUUCCAUCAGGUGCAUACUAUUAUAGCCAAGGUACCGACCGUUGUCGAUGUGAUUAAGAAUACACUGCAGCCCUCUGAGAAACAAGGGAACCCUCCAUUUUAAAGCUAACUGAAUAAUAAUAACCUACUGUACAAUACUGCCCAUUAUUGCUUUGCACUCUGCAAUUUGCACGAUGACAUUGAGACUGCUCUACCUGUAUUUCUCUGGAGAAAAAAAAAAUCCCCUCAUUUUGCCAAGUUACCAUGAUAAUUGGUGCUUGUCAUGAAAAGUGUUAAAACGCAUAUACUGUAUCUUCCAUAAUCUAUUUAUGUAUUUAUUUGUUUUGGAAGGUUCUGAAUGUACAUAUUUAUACAUAUUUAUUGAAUAUACUGUAUCUGCUUCUGUUCCUUGAUUGCUACCUAAAGGCUGUACUGUACCUCUUAUUCUCUUGGCAAAAAUAUACUCUGAUGUCCUCC